AAUGAAUGGGCGCAUAGAAAAAAAUACAUUUAUUAUCGACUUUUCCUCUAAAAUUCAACAACUAUAAAUUGAAGGUUUUUAUUUGACAUGAUUUUUUGACAAAAUACUCGAUAUCUCAAAUGAGUUGUUCCUUCGAGAUCACAAGUGAUUUGCCUGUUGUAGUUGGAGAACAAAUAAUCGGCUCGGUUGUCUGCCAUUUUUUCAAACCUGUGAAAGUCAAAGCAAUUCAAGUACAAUUUCAUGGGGACGAAAAGACAGAAACCAUUGGAGAUACGAGAGAAUUAAAUACCGGUUCAAAUACCCUCGUCGAUGUUAUGAAUAUGAUCAUAGAGUCAGAAACAGAGGUCCCUUCUGGUAUUACCAAGCAUGGCUUUUCCUUUAAGGUGCCUUUUAAAUUGCCAUCCAGUUUCAAGCAUUACAAUGGUGAAAUAAAAUAUUGGUUGAAAGCAUCAGUCAAAAGAAAUUUAAGAGUGGAUUUAACUGUCACCAAAGUGAUUGAUGUCGUAGCAUACGUAGAUUUGAACACUUAUCUUCCUGCUCUCCAGAUAUGGGCAGAGUACAGCAUAGAUAGAGUUGUCAGCAAUUGUUGUGGUUUGUCAAGAGGUAGGAUUAUGUUGAACGCUGUAAUAGAUAAAAGAUUAUUCUUGAAAGGAGAAACUAUAAAAUUAGAUCUUCAAAUUAUAAACUUGUCUGGAGUUAAAGUGACCAAGGUGUUCAGCAGAAUUAUGAAAACCGUUUCAAUUUUUUUCACAUAUCCAUAUCCAAAGGAAGAAAUAUUCAGGAAUUUCCUUACAAAAAGUCAUAAUUUUCCUGGCGUUAAAGGUUACGAUGAAACAUCUUAUCCUCUUCUCAUCGACGUACCAAGGGACAUUCUAAUUCCAAACUUUAGAUACAGCAAACUUUUCAAGAUAACUCAUCAAUUACAGGUGAUAGCGAAAAUAUCUGGUUGUAAUACAGCUAUGGUUAUGCAGUUCAAGAUAUAUCUUGGUGAUAUCCCAUUUUCUACAACAAAUGCUCCAACAAAUUCUAGAAUUAAGAAAGGUCCUUACAUACGAGAACCUAGCACAUCCUCUACUUUUUCAGUGCAACAAUAAAAAUGAAAAGUGAUCUGUAAAAUGAACGAUUCUUAUGUUAUCAUCCAAUUUUGACAACAAUGAAGAUUUUUCCAGCGAUGAUGUGGAUGAAAACAUGGUGACUGAUUAGAAUGUUUUGGAUUUUGUUAAGAAUAAAUUCAAAUUAAUACUG